AUGAACAUACAGGAGAAUGUUGAGUGUCUUCCUCAAUAUCCUGGUGAUGACACCCGGCCGACCAGCAAGAGGGAGCUCGCUGGCUGGUAUUGCUAUGGCUGGGCUGCCGAGGUUUUUGUAGUAUGUGCUAUGGGUUCAUUUCUUCCGAUAACACUGGAACAGCUGGCCCGGGAUCGGGGCGUUCUGCUGUCUGACAAAACCACACCAUGCAGCGCAAGUUGGACCCCCUCGCUGCCAUCACCAGGUUCGGAUGCACCGGUCUAUCUUCCUCGGGUGUCAGAUGGCGGCCAGUGUAUCAUCUACUUCCUCGGCGCUGAAAUCAACACUGCGAGCUUUGCCCUAUAUACUUUUUCAUUGAGCGUUUUGGUUCAGGCAGUCCUGAUCAUUUCAAUGUCAGGAGCCGCUGACCACGGAACUUAUCGCAAGAAACUCUUGGUUGUUUUUGCUUUCGUUGGUUCAAUUGCGACCAUGUUGUUUUUGUUCGUGGUCCCUAAAAUUUACCUCCUAGGUGGACUGCUUGCAAUCAUUUCAAAUACUUGCUUUGGUGCAUCCUUUGUCCUGUUGAAUUCGUUUCUGCCCGUUCUCGUCCGCUACCACCCAUCGCUCAAGGAAGGUGAAGAGGUGACGCCGUCAGGUGGUAACGCGACGAGUCCCAUUGGCCCUUUGUUUUCUUCGGCCGGAGAUAUUGACCGAACAAACGUCAGUGACUCCACGCCUCUACUUGGGUCCAACGGGGAAAUCCCAAAAACGUCUGCUGCCUCUAUCACUUCCCUCGAGCUUAGACUUUCCACCCGCAUCUCUUCCAACGGUAUCGGUAUAGGUUAUAUCGGUGCAGUGCUUCUACAGGUGCUCUCUAUCUUAGUUGUCGUGGUCGUGCGUCCACCAACAUUCUCACUACGCGUUGUGCUCUUCCUGAUUGGACUAUGGUGGUUCUUCUUCACCAUCCCGGCAGCCUUGUGGCUGCGCACUCGACCAGGGCCACCUUUAUUGGAUAGUGACGGCAAACCGCUUCAUUCAUGGAUUGGACACUUGAUCUACGCCUGGAAAUCUCUUGGGAAAACCAUGAUGCGGGCGCGGCAACUGAAAGAUAUCAUGAUCUUUCUUGCUGCCUGGUUCCUUCUCAGUGACGGAAUUGCCACCGUCAGUGGCACUGCUGUCCUGUUUGCAAAAACCCAACUGAACAUGAAGCCUGCCGCCCUGGGACUCAUUAAUGUGAUCGUCAUGCUUGCAGGAGUAUUCGGUGCGUUUUCUUGGAGCUACAUAUCAAAUUUCUUCAACCUACGGGCCUCGCAGACAAUUGUUGCGUGCAUCCUCCUAUUUGAGCUCAUUCCACUGUAUGGUCUUCUUGGGUUCAUCCCGGCUGUGCAACGCGUGGGUCUAGGCCUUCAUCAACCUUGGGAAAUGUAUCCUUUGGGGGCCGUUUAUGGCCUAGUGAUGGGUGGAUUAUCAUCUUACUGUCGAAGUUUCUUCGGACAACUCAUUCCCCCAGGUUACGAAGCGGCUUUCUAUGCGCUGUACGCAAUCACCGACAAAGGGUCCAGCGUUUUUGGGCCAGCCAUUGUUGGCGCCAUUACGGAUCGCUACGGUGAGAUUCGACCUGCAUUUGUGUUCUUGGCAAUUUUAAUUAUUGUGCCACUACCACUUAUGCUGUUGGUGGAUGUUGACCGUGGAAAACGAGAUGCUUUAGCACUGGGAGUCGAAUUGGAUGGCAUACCGCAACGACCUGAAUAUGGGACCAUAUCUGACGGUCAAGUCAGUCCGAUCGAAAACUAA